GGACGAAAACGCGAGGAUUCAUCGAAAGGUGAAAAAGUGGAAAACGUAGUCUGAAGUGCGAGUACAGAAAAAGUUGUAGUGUUUUUCGUAAAAUCAGGAUCAGCUAAAACAAUAAAAUGCUAUCCUGUCCGUGUGACUCCCGGGUAGUUUGUACCGUGAUAGUGCUGCAAUGUUUGAGAAUAUAAGCUGAUUAGCAACGGCUAGUUGUAUGGUGGGCAAUUUAAUGGCCGUAUUCGAUGAUAGCAGCAACAGCAGGAGCAGUAAUUUUAUUUGCAAGGUGAAAAGUAGCAAUGGUAAUAGCGUUGUCGGUGGCAGUAGCAACAUUUUUAUCUCAGCACCAUCAGCGAAAUUGGCUACAAUUCCCAGCCUGUCCUUGUACGAGACCGCCGCGGGUCUAUCGAAUCAAAUGUCGGCCGAAACGGACGAUACAGAUGAUGAACAGCAGGUGGCUCUCGAUCCGUACUCGCAGCUCGAGGAGGACUUGCGGAACAUUAAAUCCGUGAUUCAUGUAACCCGGGAGAACAUCGAUGCGCUCAAUGCCAAGUUCGCGGACUUUCAGCAGCCCCCGGCCCUCUAUCUAGAGGAGUACCAGGAGCUGACCUCGAAAUUACACGACCUCGAAACCAAGGAGCAGGAGCUGGUGGAGCGGAAAAGCCAGAUGCAGGUCCAGUGCGAACGAGAAUCGACAAGUGAACCUAGUGAACCUCCGGAUCCGGAGGAACGGGUUGAGGUCGAUAGUAUGUGUGGCACGCUCAGUCGUACGUCCAAAAUGCUGCUAAGGGCGCAUCUGCCCAACCAGCAGCGCACUUCUGUCCAGGUAAUACCAGGAAUGCGCUUGAAGGAUGCUCUCGCGAAGGCCCUAAAACGUCGCAAUCUGACCUGCGACAUAUGUGAGGUGACAUCGGCCAUCAGUGACUACCCGAUCCCAUGGGACACGGAUGUUUGUUCACUGCACUGCGAGGAAGUAUUUGUUCGCAUUCUAGAUAUUGGUUUUCCCACGUAUAUCUCGCAUCAAUUUAUUCGGAAGACGUUCUUCUCGUUGGCCUUUUGCGAAUGCUGUCGUAGAUUGCUUUUUACCGGAUUUUACUGCAAUCAGUGCAACUACCGGUUCCAUCAGCGCUGUGUGGAUAAAGUUCCUCCGAUCUGCAGCAAGCGACAUAUGGACCACAUUUACCAUCAUCUGUUGGCCAACCCGGAAAGUACGGUUGGGAUAAUAAACCCGGGUACCGGAGGAUACGGUACUAGUCUGCGACAUCCACGCUCACUCAAUCAACAGGAUCGAUCCAAUUCGGCACCGAAUGUGUGUAUAAACAACGUGAUGAAACCCUUAUUCGGAGCCGAUAGUCGGGCGCUGAUCAACUGUAGACCGUUGCAGGCCCAAGUGAAUCAGGAACACUCACAUUCCACUCAAGCAUCACCAACAAACACGUUGAAGCACAGCAAACGACCGAGAGCGCGAUCGGCCGAUGAAAGCAAUAAGAAUCUGCUGUCGCCGCGGGAUUCGAAGCAGUCCGAAGAAAAUUGGAACAUCCAAGCGGAGGAGAUCCUGAUCGGUCAACGCAUCGGAUCCGGCUCGUUCGGGACUGUGUACAAGGCCCACUGGCACGGUCCGGUUGCCGUCAAGACGUUGAAUGUGAAGACACCCAGCGCGGCGCAGCUGCAGGCAUUCAAGAACGAGGUCGCCAUGCUGAAGAAAACUCGUCACUGUAAUAUACUGUUAUUCAUGGGUUGUGUAAGUAAACCAUCGCUUGCGAUCGUCACGCAGUGGUGCGAGGGCAGCAGUCUGUACAAGCAUAUUCACGUUAACGAGACAAAGUUUAAACUGAAUACGUUGAUCGACAUCGCUCGACAGGCGGCACAGGGUAUGGACUACUUGCAUGCCAAGAACAUCAUCCAUCGGGAUCUGAAGUCGAACAAUAUCUUUUUGCAUGACGAUUUUUCGGUGAAAAUUGGCGAUUUCGGUUUGGCCACGGCCAAAGUUCGGUGGUCUGGUUCGCAACAGUCCAAUCAACCGACGGGCAGUAUUCUAUGGAUGGCACCGGAGGUAAUUCGCAUGAAGGAUCAAAAUCCUUAUUCUUUUCAGAGUGAUGUUUACGCAUUUGGUAUCGUCCUAUAUGAGAUGCUGACUGAACAGCUACCCUACAAUCACAUCAACAACAAGGAUCAGAUCCUGUUUAUGGUCGGUUGUGGCAAACUGCGGCCUGAUCUCACCAAGGUACGCUCCGACUGCCCGCAAGCGUUGAAGCGCUGCGUAGAGGAUUGUAUUAAAUUUAGCCGCGAGGAGAGACCGCUUUUCCGACUGCUACUGAACAUGCUCGAAAAUAUGCUCCGGACGUUGCCGAAAUUCCAUCGUAGCGCAAGUGAGCCCAACUUUACCCAAUCACAGCUCCAGAACGACGACUUUCUGUAUCUGUGCUCGAGCCCAAAAACACCAGUGAAUUUCCACAACUUUCAAUUCUAUAACGGCACCGGCAUCAUUUAGCGCAUUCGCUGCCGCGCACCGGUGGACUUGCUGGUGAUUGUUGCCAUCGCUGUACCCUCUAAGGUUCUAGUUAUUGACAUUUUAAUCAAAUAUUUUACACCGUGGGAAUGCAUGAAACACUGAAACAGUGGGUUUUGGAUCGUAAGCUUUUCGGAGCGCGUGCUCGGGGCGAUAGGUUGGCUAACAGUAGACAUUUUAAAAAAUGAUUAUCUCAGACUGGUGUAAAUAGAGCGGUAUCCCCAUUUUAGGGAGUCAGGCAGAAUACGUUAAAAUGACUAUGAAGAAGAAGAUGAAUGGAAUAUGGGCCUGGACUAGCUUGGGAACGAGAAUGGUUAAUAUGCAGGGUGCAAUUCAUCAUCACUUUUUUACUGUGUAAUUUAGGUUAAAAUUUUAUGUUUAUAUGUUGUUUUAAAAGGUUAGGUUUAUGUUUUUUGUAGAUAUUAGCCAUAGUGAUCUAGAUUAUUUUAACAAGAAACCUGUCGACGAUUUCAUUAGUUUUAGUUUAUUUUUUUAAUUUGCAGCUCAUUCUAAUGCAUUAUCUCAGCGUAAAAUAAUGUGUAUAAAGCAUUUAGGUUAUUGUUUACCAGAAUACUUCCAAGUACAGGUUGCGUACGUAAAAAAAUUGACGCUCCUUCGGUUCACUAAAUUUAUAUUAACUUACUAGCUAUUCUAUUUUAGCGCAUGAUGCGGCUGCUUUUGAGAAGAAAAUGGCCGUUGAAAAUGUAGCAAAUGGUGGAGAACUGGUUGGGGUUGUUCUUUGAUGACUAUCGUAAGUAGAGGAAAGUAGCAAUCAAUUGAUUUUGACUUCGAAUAAAGCAACGUCUACUGACCAGAAGGAAAAGCUUUUGCUAAAAACAUUAUUUGCCUUGCCUAAUUUACCCCCUACAUUAGUCUAAUUUACCCCUGGGAUUGAAUUCACGCCCGGUUGAAAACCACUGGGGUAUCCCGAAUCAUGACUUGCAGGUUUCUCGAUUGUAGGCCGCCAUCCUCGAGUCUGUUUGUGUACCUGUCACACGUUCUUCUUCGAUUGCACAUAACCAGCGAAAUCGGGGUCUGUCCCGUGGUUAAUGACCUUUUCCAGCUUCUCUGCCUUAAUUGUGAUCUCUUCCGACACUCGCACUUCUUGCCAAUCUCAUUGUAGUCUGUGGUCCUUUCUCAGUCCCCCGAUGUCAGCACGUUUGUUUCUUGGUACAGCUUGUGGUUCGGGCGUCUGCGCCAUUUCCCAUUGUGUCGCUGAGUAUUACGCGCAGAAUGUUUCAAUCAAAAACACUGAACUCUUGAUAGUGCAACUGCGAGUACGUCGUACGGGUUUGUGAAACCAAUAGCGCGAAUUUUUUUUGUCCGCAUCAUUUUUUGCUUUGUAGAGGGGUUUUAUGAUGUUUCUAGACCUUCAUUUAAAUGAUAUAGUGAUUAAUAUCCCUUGAGCUGAGAUGUUAGCUAGGACUUUUUUUUCGAAAUAUGAUAACCAAGAUGAAGUCUUCAGAAAUGUUAAAAAACUUGUAUUUGCGAACAACUUUAUUGAAGACCAAAAAUCUAUUCAUAGUACACUCGAAAUUAUUGACCGUUAUUUGUGAAUGAUCCCUUAAAAUCUUUUUUUCGACAUAGCCUCUGAAAUAUCGUAAAUAAAGCUGCAAAACUGUUCCAGAAGAGAUCAUCGGUUUAUCUCUAGCGACUUAAAUGUUAUUAAGUAAUUGUUAGUAAAAUUAGCAAAAGGUUUAACAGUAAUAACUUCUGAGCGGGCAAAAACGGGCGGCCAGUUGUAAUUAAAAAUGCUUCAACACUAUAAAACUUAAUAGAGUUUUCUUGUCUCUUGUUGUCUAGUAGAGUCAUAGAUGAUUUGAAAAAAAAAAACUAUCGUUUUUCAACAAAUGACCGAUAGCUUUGAAAAUACUCAAGAUAAAAAAAUCAUGCGUUAAUAAAAAUGCAAUAACUUCAUAGAAUGUAUGAAAUCCAUAGGAAUGAUAAUUGAAAGGAUAUUUUAAAAAAUAUUUUUGAGGGUCAUCCAAAAACAACGAGCUGUGUCUUCUCAAGCAUUGAAAGAAGAGACUUCCUGUAUUCAGCAAAGAUAUCUGUGAAAGAAAUCACCACAACUUUUCCAAACAUGUUAGUUAAUUUCUUUUACAAAAAAAAUAGUUGAAAAACUUCACUUAUAGGAGGAUUAAUCACGAAAAUCGUAGCACCAAAUAACAAACCUUGCUAUUUUCGAUGAGUACUCUGCAAACACUAUUGACGUAAAUUCAGCCGUUUCCACAUUAACAACCAAUCACCAUUGGAGACAGUUUAUUUUUCAAAAAAUGCCAAAUUAUUUCGAAAAUAUAUUCGGAGUAAGCGAUUGUGUUAUAGAAUGUUGUUCAUUUUGAUAAUUCAAGCCCUUUUACGGCACAUAUUGAACUUGGCAGAAUGACAUUUAAAGUUAUAUUAAUAUAAUGGCUUUAAAGGGAUCAUCCACAAAUAACUAGCAAUAAUGAUGAAAAUAUUAAAUAUAAAACUUUGUGUCUUCGACAAAGUUAUUGGCAAAAGCUUACUCUACAAUUUGGCGAAAACAUAAUUUCAAUAUACGCACUUGUAAGAAAGUUGGUAAACAUAUCUCACUUUUUUAGAAAUUUGGGUGAAGCGAAUUGAUCGAACUUUCGUACAUUAUACUGCAUCAUUUCAAUAAUAUUCUGUAAUUUUUCUAUGAAAAAAUAUCGACAAGCGACUCGGUGACAAAGCUUUUCGUGGAAUGUUUCUUGAUAAAAACACGAUUUGCGGUGUUAACUGUCAUUCAAAAACUGUUUAACCGAUUUAUUUCAAACUUUACAUGCACAUUUUAUGUAAAAAAUACUUAACCCCUACGUUGAGUUUUCGGGAUAAUUUUUCAAUUGAGGAGGCUUUCUACUCAUAAAAUGGCGGGUUUUAUCGUGAAAAAUAGUAAUUCCGGCAGUUGGCUUUUGCGUUCUAAUUCUAAGUGAAUCGAGAAAUAUAUUGUGAUGUUUUGGUAAGCUACAUUCUAGGGCACUCUGGAAAUAUUUAACAAAUCUGCAUCAAAUUUAAGAAAAAUGCUUUUAAUAUCCUAUAUAAUAUCAUUUUUGCAUUCCCUAGUAGACAAGUCUAUUCAACAACCGUUUUACGCUGCUCCACUUCGAUGGAUUUAAUGGAUGUAGAUCUGGUUUCAUGCAGUGCUUUGACGUUUUACACGCAACGCAAAAUACAUUCUAAAUUUCUAUUUCGAUGGAAACAAAUUGCAUUUAAUUUCGUUGAUCUUUAAAAAUGCAUCACAAGUGAUCUGUCCCUAGGCUAACAUUACCACAUAUUUUCAUUAAUGUUCCUGUAAGAUCAAUGCGUUAGCUUAAGGGAAUUGAAAGUAGUGCUCGAAUCGAAAGUAAAUUUGGUUUCCAAUUUUGAAGGCAAGGUAAUAAAUAGACCUUUUGUGUAAUGUUAAGGUUUAUUUAUACAUUCAUUGUGUACGAAGAAAUCUUCAGUCACGCAGAACCACAUAUACGAGCGUUCCAAGAAUAGACGAUCGACCAUUUUAAAGUCGAGGAGCGCCACGAUGGACAUAUUAACUCUUGAUAAGAUUGUCUGUAACAGUAAAUUCGAUAAGAUUCUCAAAACUUACUUGUAAUUACUGGAUGAACCAAAAAAAAAUAAAAAAGUUAGAAUUUUGGAAAAUGCCAUCAUAAAAAUCGAAAACUCCCAAAUUUUUACGAAAAUUUCGCUUAUUUUUCUUAAAAAUAAUAGGAAGAAAUUUUUUUCUCGUUGCCUAUUUUUUCAGUUUUUCAAUCCAUUGAAAAGUUUUUGAGCUAUCAUGUCUGCCAAUUUGAAAAAUUCGGUUUCGAGAAAAAGUAGCCGAUAGAUUGAAACGUGCGAUUGUGACAGCGAAUAUGCGCGAGGAACGCAUGACUGUUUUAAGGGGUUAUAUUCAAAGUUGAAACUCAAAAAAUCGAAAUUUUUUUAUUGGAUAUUCUGAAAGUACAUACUUUUGAAAAUAUCUGUGCGAUCGGAGCGCAAUAUUUUAAAUUACAGUCGUUUGCAGCGCGCUGGUUCUUCUAUGAAUGAAGUUAACCGUUGCGGUGAACGUGAUAUCUCAAAAACUAGUCAUCCGAUUUCUAAAAACUUUUUUUUGAUUGCUUGAAUUUAUUUUCUCGUGUACUUGAACGGUUCCUUUUUCAUCAAAAAAAUUUCGAUCAUUGCAAUUAAUUUUUGUUUAAAAUUUUGAACACAAUAAAACUAAAUAUUUUGGUCAACAUGUUUUUUAUGCAAGAAAAUUUUUUUUUUGUAGCCGAUCCGUUCAAGUACACCACAAUACAUUUCUCUUCAAUAAUCUUUUUAGUUUUUGGAUUUCAGUCGAGCGUUUCCCGAAUAGAAUUUUACAAUAGCAUUUACCCUACAAACAAUCAUGAUACAAUAAAUAUUAUAGUUAUUACUGUUUCAACAUUAUUCAACGUAGAGUUCUUGCCGUAGAUUUACAACAAAAUUUCAUGUAACAAUCAAUUUUACUGUUCAGUAAAAAACUGAUACAGUAAAUUUACGUUAAAUUUUACUGUUUUCGAGAAAGAAAUGUAUGAAGGAAAAUCGAUUUUUUUUAAUGUUAAGAUACAUAACCACCCCCCUUUUUACUGUAAAAGUCAAUUUUACAUUGAAAUUCACUGUAGAAACGUUAAAGUUUAUUGUUUUUGUAUUGUAGCAAAACACUAGAAUUCACUGUAAAUUAUUGUAAAAUUACUGUACUGUCACAGUGAAAAUUAUGGUUUUGUUAUUGUACAUUUCUAUUCGGGUUCAGCUUGGAGAGCGUUCACCGCAAACCUCUACCAAAAAACACGCUUGGGGGGAUGAGCCAUAACUCCGACAACUUUGAAUAAUUUUCUUAAUUCAACUUGUUUUUUCUAUCCUAGAUAGUGCUACCAAUGAACUGUCUUUCGCCUUUUCAAAUAAAUAUGCAUAAAACACUUAAAAAACACAAAUUUAGCUCACUUUUUCGCCGCAACUUUGUAUAUAACCCCUUAAACAAAAGAAGGUCAGCAUGGCCACCGAGAUUGUUUGUUUGUUUAUCGUUACUGGCCGAAAAUAGAUCAUAGCACUUAAUGAUAGAGAAAACUUUUCUCUUUUGUUUACUACCAACAUCUGGGAUUGGCGAUUACCUGUUUGUACGAAAUGUUUACUAAAAGUGAAUUAUGACAGUUGGCUUAUUAGUAUCAUGUAUUAUGAUUAGUCAUAUGUUUGUCGAGAAUUGAUCGAAUAAAAUUUCGAUUUCUUUUAUUCACUACAUCACACGCCCCCUUAAUUGAGCACUGGGUUAGUGUUAUGUUAGUAGUCAUAUGUUGGUCGGGAAUUGAUCGAAUAAAAUUUCGAUUUCUUUCAUUCACUACACCAGACGCCCCCUUAAUUGAGUACUGGGUCCUUUAUAUAUUGCAAUUUUGUGCGCUACUUGCUGUGACGCGUGGCACGACGAGGAAGUAAGGAAAUGCCUACUGCGCCCGUAUCAGGAAGGUUACCGCACGAAUACCUGUUUUGGGCAUUUCGAAUCGCGUAUGCAAAUUUUCACCUAUUACCCUACUAUAGUUUGAGGGUUGAUCCUAUGUUUGUCUUCUCUCACAUUGUCGUAUACGUCUAUGUCGGCAUUGCUAUUGUCGCCGUAGCACCUACGGUCGCAUGUUUCUUGAUCUCAGACGCUUUUUCGCUUGCAUCGGCUGUUGGUUUGGUGGGAAUCAGUAGCGACUGGCUUAAAUGACACGCUCCCCAUGUUGAUCGGAGAUUUGUGCCUUGCUGCCUUGUCAUAAAACAGAAGCUUCUGCCCUGGAAGGAUGCUGAACGAUCUGCAGGUGCUACAAUAGCAGAAAUAAAACGUCUAACCCUCGGAGGGAUUUAAAAAUUUUAUUUGGACAGUGAGCGGAUAUAUCAACACCCCCGAGUGGAUGUUGAUAUAACAGAACGACAACACCCCCAAAGCGAUAUUGUCAUUCAAAUACGGCUUAAACUACCCAAGUAACCAAUAAGAAUUGUAACGUAGCCUAACACCUGCUUUAGAUCUACAUAUAGGGCAGUCUUGAGGGGGGCGCCUGGUCUAAAGUGCUGUUAUUAUCGUUUACGAUUUUGAAAGCAAGGUAACAAUGGAUCUGUUUUAUAAUGUUAAGAUUUAUUUAUACAUUCAUUGGGCACUAAAAAACAUUUUCACUCGCGCAGAGCCACACAUACGAGCGUUCCAAGAGUAGACAGCUAACCAUUUCCACGUCGAGGAGCGCCGCGGCGAACACGAUAGUUCUCGAUGAAAUGGUCUGAUACGGAAAAUUCACGAAGUUUUGUAAAGCUUAGACUUGUAGUUAGUCGAUGAACCAUAAAAAAUAGAAAAAAGUUUGAGUUUCGGAAAAUGGCUUCAUGAAAACCUUCAAAAUAAUAGGAAGAUAUUUUUUUUCAUUCAGUUUUCUGUGGUUCAUCGACAGACUGCACAUAUUGUGCAUUCUCAUAAAAAAAUCAAGUUAGUUUCUGAGUUAUCGUGUUCGCUAAUUUGAGAAACACGGUUUCGAGAAAAAUCCCUAUUAAAGGGUGUCCCUCAUCAAAUUGCAUCACGGAAAAAACGCUGUAGAAAAUGACCCAUUGGGUAUUUUCUCUUAAAAAUUUGGGUAGAAGUAGUUUAGGGUGUAUUGUUUACACUGUAUAUUUAUCGCUGUCAGUUCUUCGAAAAUUGUCGCCGACAGAUUGAAAUCUGCGUGUGUUAUAGACAGGGCUGUAGAGAGAAAUCACGGGCCCGGGGGGUCUAGCGUAAGGGCCCCCUCCAUCAUUGUAGAUUUUUCGAACACAGAAACCGUUAAGCUCGAAAUUUAUUGGAAACAAUAAUUAUCUGCUAUUAUGUAUGGUGCAUAGAAAAUUUGUGGAGAACUAUGGGAGAAUACACUUAGUACUGUUAAUUCCAAUAUUUUUUUCUUUUCAAAGGGUGUUACGGCAUUUUUUUUCGUUUAUUUUCCGUCGAUCAUUGUCCGCACUGAGUUCCUAUCACUGACGCCAGAGAGGUGACUCCACAACUAGAUAUCGGUUCAUCAACACAUGGACCGGGACCAACGACUCUACUUCUCUUGCAAAAAAGACGUGACACAGAGUUUUCACCUCAGAAAAUCUCAACGACCUCAGCUGGGAUUGAACCCAGACCCACUGGGCUGAGCGGCGGUUACGCUUACUAUUCAAACGCUGGCGUCGUCUAUAAUCAUAAUUUAAUCAAACAACAAUGACAAUUUUCUUUAUUAAAACUUGUUUUUUCAUAAGUUCAAUUAGUAUAAAAUACAGAAAAAUAUGCUAAGCUUUCGGUUGAGCGUAUUUUAAUUACUGCCUUCAAAUUUUGUACGGCCACCUCGUCCACUUUGUUCGUCACAGCCAGUUUACUUUAACAGUUUUUGGUAUUACUUAGGUUCCGCUUGGUGACGAACCAAUAUUCCUCGAUUGUGCCGAGCUCUAGUGUGUUGGGAGGGUUCUUGUCCUUGGGUGCUACCUGAACUUUGUAAGCAUCAUACCACUAUAUGUCCUUUUUCCGCAAUGGCAGGAUUCAAAAUCCGGCCAAAAUAGCGUGGAAUAAUGGUGUUGCUUCAAGAAAGGUAGCAGACGUUUUUUCAUGCACUAUUUCACGUAAAUUUCCUUGUUGACCGGCUCGGUCGCAAUGAAAAUCUCACUUUUCAAAUCACAGGUACAGAAAGCCUGCCAAACCAAAUAUUUCGACAGCUUUAUAUGCUUGAAAAUAUCGGCCACUAUUUCUCCCGGUAAGUAGUUCGGAUUCUGGUUUCGAUUUGUUGAAAAUCGUGUAAAGAAAUGCGUCAUGUUCAAGUGGACCAAAUUUUGGUCGUAAAAUCUUUUAAAUAUCUCUACGAAAUUUUUAGUGGCUUUGAAUGUAGCCGAAUUAUUAAUAUUUUCAAAUUUAUUCAGAUGUCGGUAUUGUAUGGAAACCUAAUUCCGACACCAGAAUCUUUGUCUGGUUUCACCUAGAAUUCGUUAAAAAACAACACAUUCGGCCAAGUAGGCGCGUUACAACAUUGCCAGCCUCUGAAAAUACAACAUCUCAUUUGUUCGAUAGUGUAGCUGACUUUGGUUCCAGGGAAUCUGAUUCAGGUGAUUUUUGCGAGUCAUUUAUAUGUUUAUAUUUAUAUUUAUAGGCACAAAUCCCCGACUAUGUACGGGGAACGUGCCAUUUGAGCCAAUAUAUUCUGAUUCCUGAUUGGUACAAUAUUAUUGAAGAAAUCACAAUUAAAACCUUGCGCAAAUUGCGAAAAUAGUAGCAAUAUGAGAAUGUAAUAAAUUUAAAUAAAAACAAAAAAAAACAUUCAACGAAGGUAGAAUGUAAAGAGAGAAAAACAAAAAAAGAAACAAACGAGGAAAAACUAAUAAAUAGAUAUAAUGUAACAAAACAAGAAAGCUAAAAAAUGCCAUUGAAAAUAAUGGAAUUAAAAUGCAAAUAGUCCAAAACCUACGAAUAUCAAAAAUAGAAAAAAAAAUCCAAAAUGGAUAAACAACAGAAAAUUGACAAAAAAGAAGUAAUAGAAAACUAAAUUUAUUAAAUAAUUGAAACAAUCAAUAUAAACGAAGGAAAUGAAAAAGGAAAUUAGACAAACAUUGAAGAAAUAGAAACAUUGCAUAAUGGCUAAAAUAAUGAAAAAUGGGUAAAAAACAAAAUGAAAAUAAAACAUCAUGAACAUGGAAAACAGUAAAAAUGGCAAAAAGAAGAAAAUGUAAUACAACAAAAAAUAUAAAAACAAGACUACAAUAAAGUAAACAAAUAUAGAAAUUAACGAAAUGGAUCCAUUGAGUAAAACAACAAUAAUAAUAAUAGAAAAGGUUUGAAAUAUAAAUAUUAGUACCAAAUUAAAAAAUGGAAAGCAUGAAAACAAGAAAAUGUUGAUAAUGUUUCAAAAUAGAAGAAAUAAUAAAGUACAAGAAUGGAAUAAAAAAUAAAUAAAUACGAAAAAUCAAAAAAUGGACAAGUUAUUCUUUUUAAAGAAAUAAUAACAAUAAAAAUAAAUGGGAACAAUUGGACGGGAUAGACUGAAGGAAAAAUAGAAAACAGGAACAAGUGGAAAUAGCCCAAAAACAGAUAAAAGUGAAAUCAUGGACAACAUGUAAAAUCAAAAUGGUUUAAAAGGAUAAAAAUGAAAAUCUUUGGAGAAAUGGGGAAAGAUUGGAAUAUUAUCAUAAAGAAAAAUAAGAGAAAAUUUAAAUAAAAUUUGAUGAAGUGGGAAACCGAAAACAUUCACAAAACGCAAAAUAAUCAAAAUAAAAUAAAAGAAAAAUAUUCAAAUGAAAAAAGUUACAAAAUAGAAAACAUGGAAUUCAAAAUUCUUUAAAUGGGAAAAAAAAGAAAAAUACUACAGGUAAUGGAACAUAACAAUAAACAAAAAUGGGAGAAUAUUGAAAAGAAUCCAUGCAAAGGAAAAGCAUAAAUUUCAAAAUUGAUAAAUGGAAAAUAGAAAAAUUCAAAACACGGAAAAAUUAAAACAUUUAAAAAAAACCAAACAUUUAAAAAAAAAACAUUUAAAAAAUGUUUGUUAAGCAAAUGAGAGAAACCUAAAAUGAAAAAUAUGAAAAAUACUAAGCUCAGUUUCUUGGAAAAUAUGAAAAAAUACAAAGAAAUAACAGAAAUAAAAGUUUAGUUAAAUGAAUCCAAUAAAUUUAAUGUUGAUUACAUUGAACAAACGGAUAAUGAAGAAACAAUCAAAACGCUAGAUAAAAUGGAAAAAAUGAAAAAAAAACCAUGAAAAGAUGAAACGAAUUAAAAACGUGGAACAAAUACAUAAAAUGGGACAAAUUUAAAAAAAGAAGUAAAAUGGAAAAAAUAGAAAAAGGAAAAAUGUGGGCAAAAUAUACAAAAAAAAAGUUAAAUAGGAUUAUUUGAAGAAAAUAGAAAGAAUACAAAAUCUGGAUGAAAUGGAAAAAAAAGGAAAAAUUAUUUUAAAUUGAGAAAUUUAGUUAAAGAUGAAAACACUUUUAGGUUCUCGUAUUUAAAUAAUAUUUUCCAAGUGAAUACGAAAAAUUACUAUGGAUCGUUUUCUUUGUGGAUUUUCAUGUUCUUUCUUGAUUUGUGGAGUUAUUCAGAAUUCGUUUCACAAAUCCUAUUUGACCAAUUGAUCAUGAUCACUCUAAAAGAAGUCACAUAUCGUCCUGAAAAGAUCAAAAAUCGUAAUUGGACUAAUGAUUCUAUUUUAAUCGUAAGGCUAUAGCUAAUUUUUUGAAACCCAUCCGCAGAUUGCAAAGUCUCGAAUUAAUUAGUAAAAUACGAAUCAAAAUCAAUUUCCCGGAACUUUUAACUUUAACUAACUCAACUUUUCAAAUGGUCCUUCAAAAUCCAUGAAAUAAUUAUAAUGAAGUAUGAAAUAGAAAAUUUCAGUCUUUUAAUACACAAUUUACAAAAAAGAUCUUUACUGUGCGUAAAAAUCGUUUUUGAGGUCUAAGUUUCAAAGUUUUCUUUUGAUUAGUCCUUCAUGGCGUAUAAACUUUAUAAUAUAAUUUACGAUUAACUUUAUGAUAAAAAUUGAUGGAAAUUAAAUCAUACCAAUAUUAAAACUCUAAUCGAAUUUUCAAAUAAAUUGUUAUUGAAAUAAUAGUUGACAGAAUCAUUCCUUCGGUUCAAAGUCCGGGCCCCAUCCACAACUCCGGGCCCGGGGGGAACACACCGCCCCCCUCCCCUCUCGGCGGCCCUGGUUAUAGAAAAUAUGCACGAGGAAUGCAUGGCUGUUUAAAACAAAAGAAGUGUAGCGUGGCCACCGAGAUAGCGGGAGACUAGGUUCAAUACAGUCGUGAUUCGUUGGUUGGACCACAGGCUUGUCCAACUAACGAAUUUGAUUCGCUAGUUGAACUGACUGACAAAUGUCAAAAACUCUCCAAAGAAGAUGUUGGCAGUAAAAAUGCAUAUGUUCACCUCUCUAAAUAUUGUCAGAUUGAUUGUCAAAGUAAAUUUGACAUGAGAUUUUGUUGGUUCGGAUGCUUUUUAGUUGGACAAUAAAAAAGCGGUCCAGUUAAAAAGUGUCCAACCAGCGAAUCACGACUGUACUAAAAAUUAAGCGGAUAAAAAGAUUUUUUUGCCCACUACACCAGACGCCUUCCUUAAAGAGCUGUCAUCAGGGAUUGUAAUUCUCUCUCACUCACGCGAGAAGUAGCUUAUCCGAUGUCCAACUUUUCCGAGAUGAGUCGCAAAAUUCUCCGUCUCCACAAAUAGCGUGAGAAUAAUUUUCCGGUCAAAAUUUAUUUGACUUUUUCCUUCUCACCGGAGAAGGUGAUAAAAUUUUAAUUUCGUGGAAAUCAAUAUAAACUUAAAAAAUACACUUAAUUAUAAAGAAAAGCGGCAAAGAAGUAUGAUAGACUUGUUUUAUCGUGUUUUGGAAUAACGACAGCAAAGCAGGGAUCGCAAAAAGGAUACCGUGAUAAACUCAUUCAUUCAUUCUCCGGUUGUUUUAUUUAUCCGAAGAAAUAACACGUUGUAUUUAUCCGGAGAAGUUGUGUGAGUGCCAAUAACUUUUCGUGUGAAAAUGUGAGCUUUUAUUGUCGCAGUAGCAAACUAUCCGGGCGCAUUUACUCAUAUGAGCGAUAAAUGCAAUGCCUGGCCGUCAUAUAUUCGGAUAUAAAGACAGUAUUAUGCCAGAAAAGGCGAAAUAUUGUCUUUCCAUCCAGCCAGACAGCCAUUCCUCGCGAGGAGGAAUUAUCACAUUGAAAGUUUUAAAAGGAAAACUACGUGUGAGUGUAAGAUCACUGGGAGCGAGUGUAAACUCAUCCCAAGUAACCAUUUGGGGCCACAGACUUGUGUGGCUAGCUGCACGAUCUAUUGUGUUACUGUUCCAGUAACUUUAAGAUGCAAUGGACAAGAAACUGCUUCUUGUUUCAGAAACACAUAUCGUGGUUUUAUGCUCAAGAGUGCAGUAGGUGUUGUCGAGAACGCACCAGUCAUCGCCAUCAAGACUAUCCUCUGAAGAUUGUUGAACUUUGAUUAGAUUGUCAUAACUUCUCCCUUUUGCCACCAAACAAGACACCAGUAUGCCAGUAUUGGUCUAACAAUUGUUUUGUAGAUGCACUGAAUGUACUUGGGGUUGAGUCCCCAAGAUUUGCCGAAAGCGCGUCUACAUUAGCCGAUGACCAGUUGAUACAGUUAUUUCUGAAAUCGAUGUGAGCUGUCCAUUUAAGUUUGAGUCGAGAAUUACCCUAACGUACAUAACUUGAUCUGUGACAAUAUUUUCAGUGUCAAAGAACUGCAACGGACGAGCUCCGGUUGUAAUCCUUCGCUGCGUGAAAAACACCAUUGAUAUUUUAUUUGGAAUAACUGAUAGUCCAACAUGAAGACACCAUAGCUCAACCACACAUAAGGCUUGUUGCAUCAAAUCAAAAAGUGUGUUAAUGCAAAUACCGUAGAAGUGGUGACAGUACACCACUUAGUUUCCUUAUCUCUACUUGUCUUAACGAUGAGCACAGAUGUCGGUUGCUAAGCGUGCGUGUAUACAGUUCGUGAUAUAUGAAGGUACUCAAUGACCUCGUGCUGCUCCAAGAUGGAUUAGAAAGACACAUUGUCAAAAGCACCUUCAAUAUCAAGAAAAACUCCUAAACUUGAUUGCAUUUGUGAAAAAGCUUUUUCAAUGUUGUAGACAACAUUGUGUAACAGGGGGGGGGGGGUGGUAGACGUCCCCGUUUCACGUUUCACAGUUAUUUCCCGCCACGAUGGAAAUGUAUAGUAUUGUAUUGUGGAAUGUAUCUUGUUGCAAGACUACAAGUAAGAACCAUUUUCAAAAUAUGCUUGAAGUGAUAAUAUACUCUUUGUAGCAGAUCUGCAGAUCAAGCCCUCAUCGUAGAGGUCCCAGUCCGUAGAUUUGGAAUUAUGAUAUGUGACGAUAUUCAGCGAGACGUUUAAAUGAUCAGAGAUGAUAUACUUAUGAUCAGAUAGCGACGGUUCGAGCUCUCUUGGUACAGCCAGUUUGCCAACUCAUGCGUAAUACUGUCAGAGCAGAGAGUUACAUCUGGCAUCUCUUCUCUGCCAGCUCGUGCAAAUGGGCGAUCUCCUAACUAUGUGCAAAUUGGUACAGCUUAAGUAUUGAACCAUUUCGGUGCUACUCAAAUCGAUAUCUGAGCUGUCCCAAAUUAUGUGGUGAUCGUGUGUAUCACUGCCGAUUAUGAGGGGAAACCCAUCACUGACACAGCAUGAUACAAGCCUUUUGAAAUGAUCAGAAGGUGAUGGUUUAUUAUGCGGAAAAUAUGCCGAUCAAUAGACGUACAGAUAUCGCGAGUUGUGAGGUCGGAUAGAAGACAUGCGUCAAUAGCACAAUUCGCAAGUAUACAUGCACGAGGCAUUUCACGUGGAUUUGUUAUGCCAACAAUUUUUUUUGAAAGCUAGGAAGAUGGGGUUAAGUAUCUUUCCAACAUAGAAGUUCCCUUUACGGAAAUACGGUUCUUGAACCAAGGCUAUAGAAGUUUUUCCUUCAGUUCAGUUUUUCAAGACGGGAUAAAUACGUCUAUCCUGAAGAUUAAUUUAUGGUACUCUAACCAUACUCGAUUACAGUACUACACAUUUCAUCAUCAGCACUUGUUGUCCAGCAACUAGAAGAUAUUAAACAUGUUAGCUUAUAGUUGCCUAUAGCGAACCCUGAAAUGGGUAUUAGGGACAUGACCACCAUUUGAAUCCCACGAUUUGCGUAGAAACAAAAGUUCACUAUGUCAGAGAUUCGCGUAACAACACAGUAAGGGUAAGACCCACGACACUCCGUGCGCGACUGGCAUAUUUUAGUUCUGCCAGCCAUUCAGUCCUCAGCACGGAGAAACAACUUGACUUGAGGACUCAAGACUGUUCUAAGUUGUCUCUUACGAAAUGGGAGUAGGAACACAGUGCAUCAAUUCUUGGUUGAGAAAAUUCAAUCCGCCGGAUGCAACACGAGCCUCUAGGAUAGUUUUGUCCGGAGCAAAAUAAUGGUUUGUUAUCAACCUCCUAGUGGACUCCAGCCAAACACCAUAACCGUACUCCAGCCAAAUUCCUAAUUCCUAGUUUGGCGGGGCGCAGUCGUGAUUAAGGGCUAAGUAUCCGUUUACGAUUCAACAUAAGCUAUUGUAUUUUGGUUGCAGUUGAUCAAUUAUUCUUACAAGUUUUGUCGUUUUUCAUAGGGUGGCACCUGGUUACAGAACUGGCACAUAGGGUUAUGACCUGGGUACGUUCAUCGUGAGGUUUAAUUAGGGAUUAGUCAGUCGGUUCCAGAUCGUGCAAUCGUACAUCGAUUGUGUCGAUUGUUCACAUAUACGGGGAUCUUGAUUCUAACGUUGCCAUAUUCAAAGUGUUGCAUGUUGUUCAGUACAAAGAAGUUUUCUGCCCCGGAUCUAGUAUUGAAAUAUUGAGCAAAUGUCGAGCGAAAGGUGAAGAAGACAGCUAGACUGGACAGUAGAGUGAUAGGAAAAAAUGACCCCUAUCGACCCACCCCUGAGUCGAUUCCUAGUCCCGCCAGGAGUACUUUCUCCAAAUUUGAAGCAAAUCGAACAAGUUUAUCUACCGGACCAACGUGCCUGAAGUUUGUAUGGGAUUUUUCGACAAUUUAUAUGAAGAAAACCCACUAGCUCGCAUUUUUGCCUCUAGGUGGCACUGUAUGUAUCGUAUUAUCACUGUGGGUUGUAAGUAGUGGUUAGCCCACUACUCGGGUUCUUGUUUGCCCGGCGAACCCUUCAUUUCAGUGCGGCCUAGGUGCUUCUACAGAAUUUCGGAUUUUCGUAUAAUAACAAACAAAAAGAGAAAAAAAAACAAAUAAAUUCUAACUUUACCCUUUAUUCUCCCGAAACUCUCCUCUGCUGGUCGUUCCUUACAGUCUGCUGCAGAUGACGGCGGGAAGGCGACGGUUUUUUUUCCGACCGGCCGGGACUCCAACGGCCGAGUUCUCCUGCUGGUAUCGUUGGUUGCUCCGGCAGCGGUCCUUAGCAAUUAGCCAGGGAGGUGAGCUUUGCUCCUUUGUCGGAACCUCCCUAGCGACGGUGGUGACGAAUCACCGGAUUCUUUGCUCCCCGCAAAGAAUCCCGGAAGACACCGCAGUGGUCUUCCCAGGGGGAGCCGCUGUCCACCCUGCUUCACCCUCCUUGGCUAUUAGCUGGGAAGGAGAGCAAGGCUCGUUCGGCUUAUCCUUCCCAGCGAGGGCGGAAUGGUGCGUCUGGAUCCUUUACGGUUAGCCGAGGAAGCGAAAGCUCCUUGAUAAUUAGUUUCCCCCGACGGCGAUCCAGCACCACACUUUCUUUAGCACCCGGACCACGGGCCGGCACUUUCGACGAGAAUCUACUGUCGCACACGCGCACUUCACGAUUUUACAGUGGCGGGAAACUGUCCCGAAAAAACUCACUACAAUUUUCUGGACGUGUGAUUGUCACCGUGGUCCGUCACUUUCUGUUCUUUUCCACGAUGGUCGCCUUCCACACUAAACCAUAACAAACUCCAAAAAAACGCACCGCCGCAUAGCUGUCAUCGCUGUAGCACAGCAUAGUCAGACCACUUUUGCAGCGAAAGGAGAGCGGUAACCUAACUAAACCCUAUGCUAUUUAUUUACAAAUACACAACAAAAAUUACUACACCUAUCUAGACUAAUGACAACGUUCAUGGACUAUUAUUUAAACGAAAUUUACAUCAAAAACAUGAACGAGCAUAAUGAACAGCGGUGAGUUAUGUUGCAAUAACAAUACACUCUACGGAGAGAGUACACACAAAUAGGUAUAUUUCCACCCAGUGCUAAAUUGCUACCCUGACGGGUUACAAAGUGAAAAUAAGAAAGAUAAUUUAUCUGUCUACAACUUUGUCGAAAACUGGUAGUCAAUCUGGCUUUGGUAAAAGAAGUUAUUAAACUUUUAAUGAAGUGACUCCGAGCCAGUUUUACAUGGGGCGUAGCAGUGCAUGGUUGUGUAUCAGUACUCGUUUCGCACGAACUUAACAUUUUUGUGAAGUAAUCGUUACGUUUAGCUCAAGGCUAUGUUCAGAAGAACUAUAGCAAAUAAUACGAGUCAUGUUUUGGUUAGAACAAUUUAGUUCUACAUUUUACCGCAUAGAGGGCGCCAAUACUAACUUUUCAACGGAAAGAGAUAGAAAUAAGGUGUCUUCCACAAAGUUGUAGAACAUGCAUUUUGCAAUACUUCUUCCAAACAUCUCGAUAUUUUAUAUCUCUUCUAUAAAAAGUUAGUGUAUGCGCCCUCUAUGCGGUCACAGAUGGAACUAAAAUUUUCUAACCAAAACAUAACUAGUAUUAUGUAUUCUUCUGAACAUAGUAUUCAGCUAAACCUAACGAUUAUUUCACAAAAAAGUGUAGUUCGUGGAAAUGGAGUACUAAUACACAACCAUUACCAUGCACUGCUAGGCCCCAUGCAAAACUGACUCAGACAUCACUUCGUUAAAAGUUUAAUAACUUCUUUUAACAAAGCCGGAUUAACUAGCUGUCUUCGACAAACUUGUAGACCAAUAAAUUUUCUUUUUUAUUUUCACUUAUAGUGACAGAACGAUGCAUACAGUGCCACCUAGCGGCGAAAAUGCGAGCUAAUGAGUUUUCUCCUUGUAAAUUGUCCAAAAAUCCCAUAGAAACUUCAUGCACUUUGGUCCGGUAGCUAGACUUUGCUGGUGAUUUGCUUCAAAUUUGGUGCAAGUACUCCUGGUCGGACUAGGAAUCGACUCAGGGAUGGUCUGAUUGAGUUUUCAAAAAAUCUUUAUUUUUCUGGGCAGUCUAAAGGACAGACAUUGGUACAAACUGGUCGCUGAGAAUCAUCACGCAGCUCGUGCGACAGAUGGUAAAGAUUUCGAGGGAAGUUCACAAUUUUGUAUGAAAAAGAAACAUGUUUGCAAUAACUGUGAAAUAUUUUUAUAUGAAAGUACAAUAAGUACCAUCCUUUUGACUAUUUAACAUUGUUUUUUCAUCAAACCAUUCCUGAGAUACACCUGGGCCCUAUUCUCCUAGUCACGUCGCUUAGUGACUAGAAGGAAAAUUCCUUCUAGUCACUAGGUAACGUGACUGUGUGAAUGGCUCCCCUGAUUUUAUAAUUUAGGAUUCUAUCUAUUCCAUACUACUCAGCCAUCUAAUUUGCAUGCAAUUUUCAACGCAGUUCAAUUGAUAACAGAAAUUUGAAUGAGAUCCGAUAUACUGACAUGAAUGGAAAACUGAGAUGAGUUCCUGGAAUAACUUCUCUCGCCAACAAAAUGUUGUAAUUCCAAACUCAACAAUAUCUUAUUUUUCCGGUCUGAUGCUUAUGGUGUUCAUGACCUAAAAUUCACGUUUGACCUUCACAGUAAUUGGAAUGUUUCAAGAAUUACUGUAUCAUCAGCAUAAGCUAUUUUAACAUAAAUUUGCUAAUUCGUGCUCAUCAUCACUGAUCGGGAAAUGCGAUAAAAAUUAUUAAAUAGAAUAGGUACCGAUCAGGAUGAGAAUUAAAACUGUGAAUCUUCUCUAAACCUUCGCGAUAAUCCAGAUCACACAAUAACGAAUAAUUUCCAGUUAAGAAUACCUCAACCAAAUUCUCCACCGUUUUUACCUUCUGUUAAAAAGUAAUUGUAUGAUUUCAUAGAAGUAUCUUAUAAUAAAUGUAAUGAUUUUACGAACUAAAUACAACAGAGGUUCUAGAAAAACUAUUUCGUAACGCAAGACGAAUGAUGAUUUCGAGUGUAGGGGAAACGUAAAGCAACCUGAUUAAAUGAGCAAAGAAAACUGAAUAAGGCAAAGAGAAAAAAAACAAACACAUAAUAUGAGAUUUACAUUUAUAUGUGUAAAUAAUGUUAAGUACAUAUUUAAGCUCGCAAGUAUUUGAAGGAUAAAAUAGGCAACCCCAGGCAGGAUAGAUCCAAUCGUGUAGAUGAAGAAAAAGAAGAAUGUGAUUUAAUGAUGGAAAUCAUGAACAUUACCUAUGACAUUGUACAACAUAAUAAAUGCUCACAGGCAGACCAGAAGUGAGUGACUCAAGUAAAUGCACUGCAUAAGAAGAAUGGGUACAUUUCCAAACUAAAGCUACAGUAUAAUAGAAUCCGCUUUGAAGCGAUGGCAGAAGUAAUUCUGAAGGAAAGGAAAUUAUCACAAUUAUAAAUACUUCAACAAAUACAACUGAAACUAUCGCAUUUAUGGAAUCGCAAAGUGGAUACAUAUAAAAAACAAAGUCAUUGAAAUUCUGAAACAAGCAUAAUAUAAACAAGGGCGUGAUGGCUGAAAAUGCUGGACGGCGAAAAAAUUAGCUAACUGUACACAGUUAUAAUGCAAAAUAACUUUUUCCUUUGAUCUUAAAAUAAAAAUUAUAAAUAAUUAAA